AUGCAGUCGUUCCCGCUUGUUUCACUUGCUCGCCUUCACCCCUCGCCGCCGCCGCCGUCGCCGUCGCAAGCGAUGAUGCUCGACAUCAACUUGUUCCGCACCGACAAGGGCGGCAACCCUGACCUUAUUCGUGAGUCCCAGCGCAGUCAGUUCGCCUCCGUCGAGCUCGUUGACGAGGUCAUCGCCCUCGACAAGGCAUGGCGCGAAAGGCAGUUCGAGCUAGAUAAGAUCCGGCAGGAGCUCAACGCUACCAGCAAGAAGAUCGGCAAGCUCAAAGCCAGCAAGCAAGAAGAGGAAGCGAAGAAGCUCAUGGAGAGCACAGACGAAAUUAAGAAAAGGUUGGCAGCCAAAGAAGUUGAGGUGCAGGAGGCCAAGAGCACCCUCGACGCCAAGGUCACGACGAUUGGCAACAUCGUGCAUGAGUCUGUGCCAGUCAGCGAUGACGAGGUGACCUAG